AUGAGCUGUCGCCACCCAUCUGCGGUGUUGCGACUGAUUCCCAUACCCAUCGUCCUGGUCAUCUACUGCAUCUUCGUGCAGAACCGGACUCAUGACGGCGUUACCACGUCUAGAGUAUCUCAAUGGGUCAGUACAAAAACUGGCAUAAGCUCAUCCAACCUCACUGCCCUAAAAUCAACAUUCAGCCAUGGCAUCGAGAAUUUCCGGACUGACCUUGCCAUGGCUCCCGAAGAUGCUCGACCUCGCACUGCGCACAUAGAAAUUAAAGACGGGCACCCGACCAGUCAGGAGACUACCUUUGAGCCUUUUGCUAUCUCCAAGACCCCUCUUUCAAGACUGGUCAACUUCACGGAAGAGCAAGAGAUUAGUGUGAUGAGAUCACAUUAUCUUAUGCGUACCUCUGCAAAACGUCUUGCACCGCAGCUCACAUUCGCAAAGGAUGCACAAGGCAUUGUGACGACUGCGAAUGCGAAGUACAUGCCAAUCCUGCUUGUAUCACUCCGCAUGCUGCGGCGCACUGGCUGUCAACUUCCUGUCAAAUUCGUCUUAACCGUGACAACAAGCUACCAAUUCAAACCCUUCGCCAUCCUCUUCUCCUCUUUCCAACACGCCUCAUUCCUCGACAUCGACGCUUUCCCUGCGCACAACCCAACAUCUCCCUUGAUCACGCCACCAUAUACAACCCACGGCCUCGUCUUGUGGCCCGACCUCUUCGGCCUUAAAAUAUCAGAGCACUACUACCACAUCACCUGUAGCCCGCACGAACCCCCCUCCGCACGCCCGUCCACAGAAAGCAGUAACAUACUUCUCAACAAAGCCAUCCAUUGCGAGAGUCUACUCAUGAUGGUGUACUACAACUAUCACGGUCCGGACUACUACUACCCGCUCUUUCUCCAAGGCUCGCACGGUGCAGGCGACGAGGAGACGUUCGCGCAAGCCACCAUAGCUGGGGGUGAGUAUCGGUUGAGUGGACUAGCGCAGAUGGAUCCGCGAAGCGACUUUGUUUACAGACCGCCGAGUAAGAGCCAUAUACAUGGCAAUGAUCAAUGGGAUGGUUUUGAUGAACUGGCGGAAGAACCGAAGCCGUUGUUUGUCCAUCAGAAUAUGGAUAAGUUAGACCCGAAGAAGAUCUUGGACAUGAAUGAAUCAACGGCGAAGAGGAAGGAUGGGAAGUAUACGAGGUUGUGGGGUGAGGUGAAGGGCAUUGUGGAAAUGUUUGGGUAUGAUGUCGAUCGAAGGAUGUGGAAGGCCGUGCUCGAGGAAUAUUGUAGAAUCGACGGUGUAAGUGAGACUUGUGCGAGUCUAAGAGUAUACUACACGGAGGUAUUUCUAGCAGUCAAUGGUUCUGACUCCCUGGCGUAG